AUGGCAGGAAUUACCCUGAUGCUUCAGAGGCUCUUGAGGUUUUCCUCUCUCAUUCGGUCUGCAGUCUCAGUUCAUUUGAGGAGCAACACUGGUGUUAUUCUUGCAUUCACCGCUGUGGCAUUUAAUAAAGAACUUGGUCCUGUACAGAAACUCAUCGUGGACAAGAUUAGAGAAUACAGAACUAAGCUACGGGCAUCUGGAGGACCCUUUGAUACUGGCCCAGAGCACCAGCAAGACCUAGGGAGGGAGCUUUUGAAGCUUAAGCAAACAUAUGGUAAAACAGACAUGAAUACGUUCCUGGACUUCACAUUUGAAAAUCCUAAAUUUGAAGUCAUCGAGAAGCCCCAGUCCUGGAAAACCCAUGCUCACUCGCCUAGGCGCACCCCAACACCCUCGGCACCCACUCCUGUCGCAAGCAUCCUCACCCUCCACACGACGCUUCCGAAUACGGUGGAAGCAACAGCGCUGCUACCUCCUCAGCCCCGCGAAUUCUAA